AUGUGUGACCUCCAACGGCCGGCGUGCGGGCAGUGCCUGAAGUCCGGCUUGGAGUGCGGCGGCUACGACAGGCAGCGAAUCUUCAUCAACCACACCAGCACCGCCCAGUCAUGCGCCCUAACCACUGUUGCACCUCCGACGCGUCGCAUCCCUGUUGAAUCCUCCGAGCGCGCAGCGAAGCCACUUGAGAUCGUCCUGCCUGAUGCGCUCACCCGCACCGCCUACGAGCUGAAGUCACUCGGUAUGUUUUGGGAGGCUUACCUGCCACAAGGCGUGCCUUUCACUUCUGCAAACGCUCAGUUUACCACUGGCUCCUGGCUUGGUAUCAUCGACUCCAUUUUCCACCGCGAAGACUGUCUCAAGCAUGCGCUGCUGGCCAUGAGCCUGGCCACUGUCGGUCGCCAACGGGGUGAUCCCUGGAUGGUGAACCAGGGUUACGCAUCUCACGGCAAAUCUUUGAGAGAGAUGGCCUACGCUCUACAGUCGCCCGAAAGAGUGAAAAAGGACGAGCUCGUCGCCGCUUCCAAACUCAUGGGACUAUUUGAGAUCCUCUUUGGAGCCGACGAUAGAGACGAUGCCGCCCAAGCGCGCAGUUGGAGUAGCCACAUCAAGGGUGAAUUGGUGCUCAUCCAGGCAAGAGGCCCGCACGCACACAUGCAUGGCCAAGCCCAUCAGCUCUUUGUCGACGGGCGCUUCUCUAUGAUGAUCCAAGCCGCAAGAUCAAGAAAGAAGAGUGUAUUCAGUGAGCCGCAAUGGAAAGAAAUACCCUGGCAGGUCAUCCCGAAAACCCCCAAGGACGCUCUUCUUGACAUCAUGGUCGAUCUUCCAACACUUAUGGAGAAAUUGGAUAACUUUGUCGAAGGCGAGCACGAAGAGGGCGUGACGAAGGUUCUCCGGGAAGCACUCAUGCAAGAAUGCUGGGACGCCGACAGACGCCUCCUGGAAUGGGUCAGGACCAUGAAGUUCUUCGUCGACGUGGACAAGGUCGCCCAUGUAGAACAGGUGGGAAACUUCGCUGUCGCACAGCUGAUAUACUUCUACUGGGCCGCUUGCAUCAUGCUGUUCAGCAUCCUCCAAUCUGCGAAUAUGACGUCGGCUCAGCCGGAUGCUCUCCCGCCUCGGACCGACCCGCGCGUCUAUGCUCGAAAGAUCGCCCAUUCGGCCUCUUACUUUUUUGAGCCCGACGCGGGCCUGUUCGGCGCCCAUGUGGCGUCUUUCAGUAUAGGCAUGGCCUUGACCGUCCUCCGCAGAACGGGCACGAGUCCCCAGGACAAGGAAGACCACGAACUGCUUACCCGCGUCCUCGAUAUCCCUGGAGUCAACGCCACCAUCGGCAAGUUCCUCUACAGCAUGAGGGCCAGGUACGACGUCAACCAGUGCCAUCUCCGCGGCCCAGUGUCCUAA